AUGGCUACAAUAUUCAAAUUAGCUAAAGCACAGAAGAAUGCUGCCGAUAAUAAUGAAGAGAAGGGAGAGGUCUCCACUGAUAAAAAACCAGCUAAAAAUAAACAGAGAGUCCUAGUUUUGUCUUCGAGAGGAAUUAAUUAUCGUCAAAGGCAUCUAUUGAAUGACCUAGAGGCGCUUUUUCCUCAUUUUAAAAAAGAUUCAAAACUUGAUACAAAAUUUAAUCUUGGAAUUCUUAAUGAACUUGCCGAAUUAAAUAAUUGUAAUAAUUGUGUAUUUUUUGAAGUACGUAAACAUAAGGACCUCUACAUGUGGACAAGCAAGACUCCGAAUGGUCCAAGUAUAAAAUUCCACGUUCAAAAUAUUCACACAAUGAAUGAGUUGAAUAUGCAUGGUAAUUGUUUGAAAGGCUCCCGCCCUAUUCUAUCAUUUGAUAAAAAUUUCGAUUCUGAACCUUGUUUACUUUUGAUUAAAGAAGUUUUUACUCAUAUAUUUGGAGUUCCAAAGGGUGCCCGUCGAUCAAAACCAUUCAUUGAUCAUGUUAUAUCAUUUACUAUAUUGGAUAAUCGGAUAUGGUUCCGAAACUUUCAGGUUGUUGAAAAAGACCCGAAAAGCUCAGAUAUAAAAGUAAAUGACAAGAACAUUUCUCUUGUAGAAAUUGGACCGAGAUUUGUUCUCAAUGUCAUUCGUAUAUUUGAAGGUAGUUUUUGUGGGACAUCUAUUUACGCAAACCCUGAAUUUAUAACUCCAAAUCAG